AUGGUCUCAGGCUCCUUGGACAUCAAGCAAAGGGAGAACUAUGCCAGUGAUCCUCGGAAGAUUUUGGCUGACUUCUACAGCCCUGGAGGUGGCUUGGGGCCAGGUGGAGUUGCGCCAGCUCGAGGCAAUCUGCAGACUCACUGGUUUGCGGUCUAUCGGCCUACUAGCCGCGACGCAUUGGCGAAGUCUCCUGGUUUGAAUGUCAAGGGAAAGUCCGCCAAGCGGAAUCACCUUUCCGGCUUCGUGCCCUUCCUACAAAUCAGCGACAACAAACACAAACGAAGGCUUGGACGAUGUCCUGAGAACUCGCGGGUCGUCGUGUACUUCCAGUCCAAAGAACAGCAAGAACUUGCCAGAUUGGAAUUGGAGCCGCUUAUGCAAGAGCUGCAAAGAGAUCAUGCGCUUGAUCCAAUCAGGCUGAGGGUUGACGGUGUGACGAUUGACAGCAAGUACUCCCACGUUUGUGGCCUUGACAUGCCGGAGCUGCUUCUACGAGAGGCAUACAUUGUCCGUCCUGAUAUUACAUUCCAGGUUGGAUGGGAAACGGGACGCGUCUCAGAACCAGCGUUCAUGGAGAUGAAUUUGCAUGCGGUGCGCAGCAAGAAUCGCCCAAAGGUGGUGCUGUACCAACACGACACUGGCAACCCUAUGAAUCCACAUGGUCUACUUAUUGCAUAUGCCGAAGCCAUGGUCAAGCCAGUGGUUUCGGAUUUUGACACCUUCACGGUUGGCAGUCGGGGAAUGAUCUAUGAACCUAUUUGUGAGGAGCAGCAGGCUUUGAUGCGUUGGAGCUUGGAGCGCACUGAAGAAAUUCUUUUCUCCCCAAGUUCUUCGAGCUGGAACUCCAGAUGGUUAGAGAUCCUUAACGAUGCAGACAGAGAAGGAGACUGGGCGGAAGGAUGGCGGAAGGCAGCGUAUUUCAGGUUGUGUUCAGGUCGUGUUCAGAUUGCGUUUGCAUUUUAA